AUGAAGAAAGAGAACAAGGCAGGCAAUCGCCAGGAGUUACUGGCCGUCGAGGGCCUGACACUGUCACCGACGCGCGUUGCGGCGCUCGUGGUCCUGUCAGUCUUCAGCGGCGGCGGGCUCCUGCUGGCGCUGCUGUGGCUGCCCCGCCUGCGCCACUCGCUGCUGUAUCAACGCUGCCCCUGCCUAGAGCGGGCGCCCUUUGUGAGAUUUCAGUUGCGGGAUGGCCGCUUCGGCGUCGUGCGAGUGCAGCAAGCGGCCGUCGGCGGCCCUGACGUCGCCGCGCCGCCGCUUCGCGUUGCCGCGUUCCAGCACGCUCGAUACGUCCUCACCCCCGCGCCGGGCGGCGGCGCGGGCGAGCGCGCCGAGUUUGUCCGCGUGCCGCGCGUGGCGCCAGAGGUGGCGGCGCGGCUUCCAGCCGUCGCCGCAGCGCUGCGUGCGCACCCCUGCUCCCUGCCGCCGCUGGUCCAUGCCAAUGCACCUGCGCGCGACGCCGUGGCGGCGCGUUACGGGCCAAACCUUAUGGUCGUCCCUGUCCCGCCGCUGUGGCGGCUGCUGGCGCGCAGCCUGCUGCACCCCUUCUGCCUGUUCCAGUACGCCUCCUGCGUCAUCUGGUGCUGGCAGGGCUACUACUCCUACACCGCCAUUGUGUUCUUCAUCACGGUGGCCACGUUUACGGCCACGUCUGUCAGCGACUGGCGCACGGCGCGGCGCAUGGCGGGCAUGGCCCUCUACAGCUGCCCUGUUGAUGUCAUCCUCCACGGCGCCGUCACCACCAUUGACUCCUCAGCCCUCGUCCCCGGGGACCUCGUCCUCGUCCGCCGCGGCCGCCUGCCUGCCGACAUGCUGCUGCUCCAGGGGGAGGUCGUCGUGGACGAGGCAAAGCUGACUGGCGAGAGCCUCGCGGUGCGCAAGGUGCCCUACUCGUACUGCCCAGCCCCCUGCCGGCCUCAAGUCGCCGCGGCCGGCCGGUCACUCAAGGACGGUCCGGGCGGCGGCGGCGGCAACAGCAGCCCAGCGGCGGCGGACGCGGCAGAGGCUAGGGCGGCGACGGAGGCGGAGGUGCAGGCCGCGGCGGCAGCGGCGCUGCGGUUGCUUGAUGAUCAGCCGCAGGCUGUGCUUAGCGGGGACACGGAGGUGCAGGUCACGCUGGCCGCGCCUGGCCGCGCCGCGCGCACGCCGGUUGCGGUCGUGCUCAACUCAGGGUUUGCAUCGGCAAAGGGCGGCAUGCUGAGGGGGAUGCUGCACCCAACAAAGCACAAGCUGCGUUUCACCCAGGAUGCGCUGUGGUUCAUCCUCAUGAUGCUGAUCAUUGGGAUGUGCUUCUACGUCUGGUCCAUCGUGCUCCUCGUCCGCAUGGGCGCCACGCCCGGCAUGAUCGCGCUCAAGUACCUUGACCUCAUCACCGUGGCGGUGCCGCCCGCGCUCGUGGCGUGCCUCGCCAUCGCCACCGCCGCCGCCGUGGCGCGGCUGUGGCGCGGCGGUGUCAGCGUGUCGUCAUCGGGCCACAUUAACCUGGCGGGGCUCGUCGACACCGUGGCGUUUGACAAGACCGGCACCCUCACGGAGAGCGGCCUCGAGCUGCGGGAGCUGCGCCUCGCCACCGACGGCCGCUUCCACACUGUGACGCUCUCGCGCGGCAGCGCGCCCGCCACCCCCGCGCCUCCUCCCGCUGCCGAAGAGGGCGGCGGCAGCGGCGCGUGCGAGGAGGGGGGUGCGCCGCGCGCGGACGGCGGUGGGACGGGGCUGAGUGUCGACGUGCCGCGUGCGGUGCGCGUGCUGCUGGCCGCAUGCCAUGGGCUGGCUGUGGUGGAUGGGGCCCUGGCUGGGGACCAACUGGAGAUCAAGCUUUUCGAGGCGAGCGGCUGGUCCUGCCUCGGGGAGCAGUCCGAGGCAGCAGGCCAGAUCGGCGUCGGCGCGGCGGCGCGCGACCGGCGGCCGGGGGAGGGGCUGGAGGGCGCUGCGGCGGCCGGCGGGGCCGGGGAGGGGGCCGGCGGCGGCAUGGUCGUCGUCUCGCCGUGCGGGGAGCGGUGCCGCGUGGUUCGGCGGUUCGACUUCACGAGCGCGCGGCAGAGGAGCAGCGUCGUGGUGACGCACGGGGACGGGUCCCUGGCGGUGUAUGCCAAGGGCUCUCCGGAGGUGGUGCGGGACCUGUGCGUCAGCGGAGUGCCUGAGGACUUUGAUGCGCAGCUGCAGGCCGCAACACAGGCCGGACUCCGCGCCAUCGCGCUCGCGCACCGCGCGCUUCCGCCGGGCACGGCGCCGUCCGAGGUUGCAAACGCUGACGAGGCAAUCCUGGAGCGCGGCCUCUGCUUUGCUGGGUUUGCGCUGCUGGAGAACCCCCUCAAGCCGGACACUGCAGACGCGAUUGCCCAGCUGAAACGGGCGCGCAUGCAGGUCCUCAUGGCAUCCGGCGACCACGUGCUCACAGCGGUGAAGGUGGCCCAGCAGUGCGGCAUCCUGGACCUCGACCGCCCAGCCGCCGUCAUCACCGCCGCCCCUCCCUCCGCCGGCGGCGGCCUCGAGUGCGCCUUCGUCGGCGCCGACGAGGCCCGCGCGCCGGCCGCGCUGCGCGACGCCGUGCGCGGCGUCGCCGAGGGAGCGCUGCAGUGCGCCAUCACCGGCGCGGCGCUGCGGGCGCUGCACCAGGCGGCGGCCUUGCAGACAGCCAGGGCAGCGAAGCCGGACGCGCUGCCAGGUUUGAGGGACGGGACCGAGCAUGAUGAAUUUGGUGAUGCGGACGGGCCGUCAUCACCCACCGCUGCGGCGGCAAUCAUUGUCAAGCGCGAGAUGCUGCCAGCCACCGUGACCAAGUACGGGUCCAAGGCUAGCUCCCCUGCGGACCAUGAGACGGGCAGCUGGCUGCAGGUCGUCCUGUCAACGUGUUCUGUGUAUGCGCGCAUGACUCCCGGGGACAAGGCCCUGCUGAUGGAGCUGCUGGGACCCGGGGAGCAGGGCGGCGGGGGGGACGACGGGGCUGCGGCACUCCCGGGGCUGGGCAGGACGGUCGCUUUUUGUGGCGACGGCGCCAACGACACGGGCGCCCUGCGUGCCAGCCUGGUGGGGCUGUCGCUCUGCCAGGCCGAGGCCUCCAUCGCUGCGCCGCUGACCAGCCGGGCCGCAACGGUGCAGGCGAUGGUUGCUGUCAUUGCCGAGGGGCGGUGCUCGCUGGCGGCCGCGUAUGCCAUAUUCAGGUUCAUCAUGAGCUACGCCCUCAUCCAGGUGUUUGGCAUCUGCCUGGUAUACAUGUACGGCAUCACCAUCGGAAACUACCAGUACCUCAUACAAGACCUGUUUUUCGCCACGGUCCUGGCAGGCUUCAUGUCCGCCACGCCGCCCUGCCGCCGCCUCAGCGCGCAGCGCCCGCCGCCCUGCCUCAUGAGCGCCGCCGUGAUACUGCCGGUCGCGGCGCACUGCGUCACCAUAGGAGUGUUCCAGGUGGCCGCGCUGCUGAUGCUGGGACGCGAGCCUUGGUACACGCGGUUUGACACGACCGAGGUUGGCGUGCUGACGGAAUCCAUGGCGCCUGAGAACACCGUGGUCUUCAACAUGAACAUCGCCCAGAUCUGGAUCAGCUGCCUUGCUCUCAACAUUGGACGACCCUUCCGAGCACCGAUCUGGAGGAAUCGCCCCCUCGUGGCCGUACUGGUGAUUCAGCUGGCCCUGAUCCUCUACUGCGUCUUCUCCCCGGUCGACUACCUCGGCAGCAGCAAAGACCCCAUCAUGGACGAGUUUGCACAGCUGGUGGGGCUGCCGAUGUCAUUCCAAGGCAAACUAUUUGCGCUCAUAGCUGGCAACGCAGCCGCCAGCUACCUCACGCAAAUUUUGGUGCGCAAAGCACUGGCAGCGGUGCCACGCCUACUUGCGUGGCGACUGCUGCGCGGUGACAUUCACGGCACUGGCACGGCCACGUGA